AUUUCUGUUACAUAUUCCAGACUAUGGAGGAUGAUAAAAUGGAGGUUUCUGUGCCCAGUGCCAACGUUAAAUCUGAGAUGGGUGAAAUUAAAUCUGAAAUCUUUAUCAAGGAGGAACUAGAAGACUGGGAGGAGGAGGAGGAGGAGGGAGAGUAUGGGGAAGAUGAGGAGCAAAUUGCUCAAAUGCAUUUUGAAAAAAUUAUGGAAGGAGUAGAGAAACUGAUCAAGGAAGAAACUCCAAAUAAAAUCGUGAACUAUUCAUGUAAUGAAUGCGAGUAUUUUGCAACCGGAUUAUACAAUUUAAAGAGACACAAGGAUACUCGUCACGUGGAAAGAAAUCAUAAAUGUGAAGAGUGCGGAUAUCUUGCUAAAAGUGAAAUAUCCCUGAAGAAACAUAUAUCUUGUAAACAUAAAAAGGUUGCAGAGUUUAAAUGUGAAGUUUGUGCUCAUCUAGUUGGUACGCAGAGUGGUUUAAUAAACCACAUGAGAUCUAAGCACGGUGGAAUAGACUAUCCCUGUGAUAGGUGUGAGUAUACAACAACCAGUUUAAAAGGUUUAAAAAAGCAUCAGAAGAAUAAACACAGCGGAGUACAAUUCACUUGCAAUGAAUGUUCUUCAACAACUAAUACUGAACGGGGUCUGGAUAGGCACAAAGAUCUUUAUCAUCCUUUUGAAACAAUUCCUUGUGAUUCUUGUGAAUUUAUUGCGGAAUCAAGGAUAGCUUUGAGAGAUCACAGUAAAGCCAAACAUUCUGGGCUGCUUUGUGAUAAAUGCAGCUAUACAGCGGCGUGUGAAAGUUCUUUGAUACGACACAAGGAGAAUGUUCAUGAAGGGAAACGAUUUCCCUGUAGUAUUUGUGAUUAUACAGCUUGCUCUAAAGGUACACUAAAGAAACACAUCGAGACUAUGCAUGACGGUAUACGAUAUCUGUGUGAUCAGUGCUACUUUUCGACAACUUCCUCAAAGUAUUUGAGGGACCAUAAACUAAGCGUACAUGAAGGUGUAAGAUAUCCUUGUGAUCAGUGUGAAUAUAUCGGGCCUCGUCCUAGCAAUCUAAGAGCACACAAAGCAGUUCGACAUAGUGAUAAAAAUGCGAAAUAUUUGUGUGAUCAGUGCGAAUAUUGUACAACCAGCAAAAUUGGUUUGGGAAAACACAAGCUGAGAAAACAUGCAGAUAUAACAUAUACUUGUGAUAUUUGUGAUUAUUCCACGAUUAGAAAGGAUUUUUUGAAAAGACACAACGAGGCCAAACAUGUCGGAAUUAGAUAUCCCUGCGACCAGUGUAACUAUGAGGCAACGCAGAAGGGAAAUUUAAAAACUCACAAAUUGAACAAGCAUAAGUAAAUUUUAACUAACACAAUCAUUUAACUUUUAGAAAAUAUGUUUGACAGCUUUUAAAGUUUUAUAGACAACACUCUGUUUUUAUUUUUAUUGACUUUUCAUGCUUUUGACUUGAAUAUUUUCAAAAUAGAAACUUAUUUUACAAGACAAAUAAACCAUACUUUACUAUCGACGAAAUUAUCAAGAACUACUUUUGAAUUGUUUUUGGUGAAAAAAGUGAGAAAUGGUAAAUUUAGCUUGUUCUGUUGUAAAUUUCUUAGAUAAAAAUUAUCAUUUUUUGUUUUGUCUCAUUUGCCCACGCUAAACUGUUUAUUAGGCUUUUAUUUAAAAGACGAAAAUUUUACGAUUAUAUUUCGCUAUUGUAUUAAUUAAAUGUUUAAAUCUGUUACA